AGAAGAUCCUGUCAAAUAGUUUGGUAUGGAAUCUUGGAAUUUUAUUCAAUUAGAAUAUUCUGUACUUUCAGAGGAAAUGACAAAAUAUGCUUCUGAAAGACUUAGGUAGAGACUUUCAAUUUACGUUCUUUAUUCUUUUUGCUAUAACUAAUGAAAUAAAGCAAAGCUGGAAAUCUUGCUCAAAAUCAUUAAGAGCUCCAUUAGGAAACUUUCUGCUUUCUGUAUCAUUUUGCAAAAACCAUGGAAUCAAUGGCAAUAAACCUGGGAAAUUCCUUGCUGGUGCCUUGUGUUCUCAGGAGUUGGCAAGAGGUAAGUCCUUGACAACAAUCCCACCUAGACACAUCCGUACUGACCAUCAGCAGCCUAUUGUUUCGGAUGCGGUGUCGGAAAUCCCAGUUAUCGAUAUGCAGAGCUUGCGUUCUGAAGGAUCAAUGGAAGCAGAAUUAGCCAAACUUGACUUUGCCUGUGGAGAAUUGGGAUUCUUCCAGCGAUCUCAAUUAUUGACACAAAGUUUUGCUCGGAUGAUUCCAAGCCAAGAAGUGAAGUCAAAUCCUAAGAAAAAAAUGAGAAUGAGAGAGAGAAAUCCCAGAGUGAGAAACUAUCAACCUUUAUUGCCGGUUGCUCCGGCAGCCAAAGGUAACCAUCAACCCCACCUGGAGAGAGAGCGAAAGCCAAACCCAGACCAACCUAGACAUUUCCACCCACUAAGAGGUAGCAUCCAAGAGACCGAAAGGACAGUGGGAGAAAGGCGCAGAGGACAAGGAGCUUCAGCGCAUGGAUAUGGCAAAGGCAUUUUGGAACAAUCCACUUCAUUCUUUUUCACUAACUUCCCUGAGGACUGGCAAAUAGGAGAGAUGUGGAAGGCAUUCAUCAGAUGUGGUAAAGUGAUUCAGAUCUACAUAGCAAGGAAGCGUGACAAAUGGGGGCGCAGGUUCGGUUUUGCACGCUUCUUGGACGUGAAGAGCACAAGAGAACUAGAGAUAAAGCUGAACCAAAUCUUUGUGGGAGAUCAAUACAUCAAAGCCAACAUUGCAAUCUUUUCCAGGGAGGAGACUAAGCUUAAGAGAAAGGAAAUAAAUGAUGCAGGGAUCAGAAAAGAGGUAAAGAGUGUAAAAUCCUAUGCUAAUGCCUUGAAGGGAGAUUCAGGUGUGCAAGAUAAGGGGAAGAUGAACAAUUCAAGUAUUCCCAAUAAGGUGUGGCAAUCAAAGGAAGCUAUGAAUGCAAAACAACAGAUUGGGCAUGGAUUAGAAGUACAAGUAGAUAAGGAAGAUGAAGAGUGGUUGGAGAGAUGCUUCAUCGGCAAGGCAAAAUGUCUGGAAAUCAUAAGCUUUCUGCAAGAAAGAUUUACGAUGGAAGGGUACUUUGCAGCAAAGGUUACUCCAAUGGGUGGUAAUCUAUUGUUACUCUUAAGUGAAGAUCCUGAUGAUUUCAAAUACUUGGUGGACGAGGGACGCGACUGGCUAGCUCAGUGGUUCACAGAAAUUCAUCCUUGGUCCCCAUUUGAGGCGUGGCCUAGGUUCGACGGAACCCACUGGCUUGGGUUCCAUCGAACCCAGGCAUGCUGGGUUCGUUGCUGGGUUCCACUGAACCCAAUGCUUGGGUUCGAUGCCCAGCAUGCCUGGGUUCCACCAAACGCAGCAUGCCUGGAUGAAGAAGGCAAGGCAGACGUUGGGUUUUUGUCGGUGGAUGAAGAUGAAGAAGGCAUAGGUGCUGGGUUUGAUUUCGAACCCAAUAGCCGUUAGGUUCUGUUGACGACCACUUAAGAUUUUUUUCAAAAUAAAUGAAAAAUUAAGUG